UGCGCUCCCUUCUACAACAUCAACCUCCUCCUCCAUCUCCCUUCAGACCGACCUCAUCGAUUCCCACAUACGUGCUAUCGUCACAAGCACUCGCCGCCGUUGCUCCCUAACUCUCAGUUCGCACCUCUACCUCUUCACACCGUCACCUUUUCCCUACGCUGCUAAGCGUCAGAUUCACCCGGACCUAAAAAAUGUCUGCCGAAGAAGAUCUCAUCGACUACUCCGACGAGGAGCUCCAGACGACAGAUGCCGCGCCAGCAGCUGGUGCUGAUGCAAAUGGAGGAGCCAAGAAGGGCGACUUGACGGUUACUGGAGGCACUGCGGACAAGAAGGGCAGUUACGUCGGUAUUCAUUCGACGGGCUUCCGCGAUUUCCUGCUGAAGCCGGAGCUUCUACGUGCCAUCACCGAUUGCGGAUUCGAACAUCCUUCGGAGGUCCAGCAAGUAUGCAUUCCGCAAGCAAUCCUCGGUACCGAUGUCCUUUGCCAGGCCAAAUCUGGUCUCGGAAAGACCGCGGUCUUCGUUCUCACUACUCUUCAACAAAUCGAGCCGGUCGCAGGCGAGACAUCCGUCCUUGUUAUGUGCCAUACUCGUGAGCUGGCUUACCAGAUCAAGAACGAGUAUGCGCGUUUCAGCAAGUACAUGCCAGAUGUCAAGACUGCAGUGUUCUAUGGAGGAACUCCAAUCCAAAAGGACGCCGAGAUCUUGAAGAACAAGGAUACACACCCACACAUCAUUGUCGCCACCCCAGGUAGAUUGAACGCUCUUGUGCGCGAUAAAUACCUUCGACUUGGCAGCAUCAAGGUCUUUGUUCUUGAUGAAUGUGACAAGAUGUUGGAUGCCAUUGACAUGCGCCGUGACGUCCAGGAGAUCUUCCGUGCUACCCCCACACAGAAGCAGGUCAUGAUGUUCAGUGCCACUCUAUCCCAGGAUGUCCGACCAAUCUGCAAGAAGUUCAUGCAGAACCCUCUUGAGAUUUAUGUUGACGAUGAGACCAAGCUGACUCUCCACGGUCUGCAACAAUACUACAUCAAGCUGGAUGAAAAGGAGAAGAACCGUAAGCUCAACGAGUUGCUUGAUGAGCUUCAAUUCAACCAAGUCAUCAUCUUCGUCAAGAGCACAAUCCGAGCCACCGAGCUUGACAAGCUCUUGCGCGAAUGCAACUUCCCGUCCAUCGCAGUCCACUCCGGUGUGAGCCAGGAGGAACGUAUCAAGCGUUACAAGGAAUUCAAGGAAUUCAACAAGCGAAUCUGCGUUGCUACCGACGUCUUUGGUCGUGGUAUUGAUAUCGAGCGUAUCAACCUCGCCAUCAACUAUGAUCUCCCUGCCGAUGCCGAUUCAUACCUCCAUCGUGUUGGUCGUGCCGGUCGUUUUGGAACUAAGGGUCUCUCAAUCUCAUUCGUGAGCUCCGAACAGGAUCAGGAGGUAUUGAAGGCGAUUGAGAAGCGGUUCGAAGUUGCGCUUCCGGAGUUCCCAGAGGGAGGUAUCGACUCCAGCACCUACAUGGCGAGCUAG